AUGGCAACCAGCUCUCCCAGGAGAACACCAACAUUUGCCGAAAGGAUAGACAAUUUCACAUUACUGAUAAUGAUACUAAGACAGGGCCUUAACGCAGCCACUCGUUUGGAUCUUCAUAGGUUAACUCUUAAUAAGUUAGAAGGGGCUGCCUUUCAAUACAUAAGGCGAUCUGGUGAUGUGGGCUGGGAAGAACUCAAAAGUCUUCUCCUAAAUAGAUUCGGCGAAAAACGAUCUAUGGCAGAGCUGCAACUGGAGUUGACAAAUCUAAAGCAGCAUCCCGGGGAGAAUGUUAGGACCUUUUCCGGUAAAAUAGAGAGACUUCUUGGGCUAAUGUAUGACCAGGGCAUAAUGCUAGAUAGUGCCAAGGCGACCGUACUAGAAACAGCGCAUAACGAACUGGCUUUGACAGUUUUCAUAAACGGGCUUAUACCGGAAAUUAGGUUGCCGGUUAGAGCCGCUAGGCACAACGACUUGCAGGAGGCAAUAUCGAUGGCUAUCCAAGAAGAAAGGAAUCUGGAGCGGACGAGACGACAAGAAAGAAGAUAA